ACUUCAAAAUAAAUAUUUCCAGAUAUGCCUAGCAUGCCAGGACAUCAGCGUAAUGUGUCACAGGGACAACAUCUGAUAGUCGAUCGAAACGAAUCGGACGACGAAGACGCUGAAAAGCUGGCUGGAAGAGCGGUCACGGCUGAAAAUCGAGCACACGAGGCAAUUUCAAUGGAACACGACGAUGCACCAUAUGGAAAUGGAGGAGUUUAUCCUGGAAGUAGUCCUCCGUUCACUCCGAGUAGGCCUCAAGAGAAUAAAUCAACAGGUUUAUGCAGUCCACAGCUUAAAUCAAAUAUCAAAGUGAUAAUUGGAUCAAUUAUAUUAACAGCUGUUGGAGCAGUUCUUCUUGUGAUAGGAUGUUGGGUUGCUAUGAAUCCAGAUGAAGCUCAUUCCGGAAUGCAACACUGGGUAUUCUUCUUCGCCGGCCUCGUUUGCUUUAUUCCGGGCUUCUACCACGUGUACUACGUGACGUGUACAUUAUGCGGCCGGCCUGGUUACUCAUUCGACAAAUUGCCCACUUUCAAUCGAUAGCCCCAUCCAUUUAUUCUGAAUCCACGUUUUGUAAUCUAGUCAAACACACACAAAAAAUCAGAAUUGAGGUGGUCUCCUCAUUUCAAAACCCCCGAAAACAUGGUCAUUCGAGAGAUUUCUUAGCCUUCAAUUCUCAUCUAAUCUUCACUUUUCUUCAUUAUUGUCGAUGAUUUCCAAGAUUCCUCCACCGGUUUCUUUUUCCUCUAAUCAAAAUUGAUUCAAAUCCCCUGCAUUUUUUUCCGAGCUUUUCAAAUUGCCACCACCUUCCCUCUAUGUACAUAGUUUCUACUACUACCUUACUACCCCAUCAUUUAUCAUUUACUUCUAUGUAUUUAUUUUUUCCUACUUGUCAUUAAUUUUUUUUUCGUUAAAAAAAAAAUAUAUUCCAAAAUA